GCACGAACGUAUGUGUGCGUAAGAGCACAUCGGUCCUAAUGAGCAGAAUGGUUUAGUGCUGAUGAUGGACAGCGUUCUCUGCGUUCUGAUAUUCGUGUAACCGCUGUGACUUGCUGUAUCAGGCGCCACCGCAUGUUCACAACGGAUUAUAAAAAGAAUAUCAGCUCUGACAUGAGAAGCGAGCGCUUAGCUGAUUGAUGAUCCUCCAUCUCAGAAGGAGGUCCUCACACGAGCAGAGGCGAAUGGACGCGGCGGCUGUCAUUGAUUACACCGAUGAGACGAACAUGGGAGAACAUCACUGGAGCCCUACUAAUGUUGAGAGAGAGAGAGAGAGAGAGAGAGAGAGAGAGAGAGAGCAGAAAAACACAAGACAGAGAACACACGACUGAAAACCGACUGUCAUUCGAGCAAAGCCGAUGAGGGGAUCCUUUGUUUUCAAUGAUCGUCACACGGUAGGCUAAAUGUCCCCAUUCAUUGGUAAUAUUUGCAUGAGAUUUGCACCGCAGAGAAACCAGCGCCACUUUAGCGCGCGGUUAACAAUGGAAUUAUGACAGCGGUGACUUUCAGCUGUUUCUCAUUGUUCGCGCUAGAGGUAUAAUUUGGCCCGUGCCAACCAACAUCGAAUCGUGUCUAAGGACCGACAAGGUGCGAACAGUGACCAAAUAAUCGACAGAUCUUCAGGUUGGUGAUAUCCGAAAGGCUCCUAAUGCGUUAUCUCCCACCGUCGCUGUCACCAUGCACACCUCUCCACCUCCUGGGCUGGGCAGUAACUCCAGCACCGUGCCCUGGGACCCCGGUGCGCCCCUGUCGCCCUCUCUGGUAAACAGCACGGUUAAGAUGGUGCUUAUCUCUGCGAUCGUGUGCACCUCGCUUUUUGGAAACGUGGUGGUGCUGCUGGUAUUUCAGCGCAAGCCACAGCUACUUCAUGUCGCCAACCGCUUUGUGCUCAACCUGCUUCUGGCUGACCUGCUGCAGACGGUGCUGGUCAUGCCCUUUGCCAUCGCUGCCACUGUGCCCGAAGUCUGGCCACUGGAUGCCCGUCUGUGCCAGGCUCUUGUGGUGCUCAUGCACCUGUUUGCGUUCGCCAGUGUAAACACCAUCAUUGUGGUAUCCGUGGAUCGCUACCUUGCCAUUAUCCACCCUCUGUCAUACCCCACCCGCAUGACACCUCAUUUGGGCACCAACCUGAUAGCUCUCACAUGGCUUCUCAGCCUGCUUCAGAGCACACCGCCUCUGUAUGGAUGGGGAGCAAUUGAGUUUGACCGCCGUCACAACGCCUGCACUGUGGUGUGGUCCUCAAGCUACUCCUAUUCAGCCCUGGUGUCUGCACUAUCAUUCUGGCUGCCUGUUGUGAUCAUGCUUUGCUGCUACUGGAUGGUAUUUCGGGCGGCGAGACGACAGAACGCUCUUGUACACCCCAUCCAGUCAAACCCCCCACCAGAUUCCCAAGCGCCCUGUUCUAGCCCCCAAAGGCAGCAGCCCCAGCCGGAGGGGCCUUUCUCAGCCAGCUACCCCAUCAGGACUCGCCACAGACGCUUCCAUUAUCACUGUAAGGCAGCGCGGGUGGUGUUUGUCAUCAUGGCGUCCUAUGUGCUCAGCAUGGGCCCAUACAGUGUUCUGAGCACGAUAUCCAUUUACUCCAGUGCAGCAGUGCCUCCCUGGUUGGCCUCGAUAGCUCUCAUUCUGUUCUUCCUACAGUGCUGCUUACACCCCUACAUCUACGGCUACAUGCACCGCAGUGUUCGUAAGGAAUUCCUGGCCCUGAUUUGUGGGCCUUUGUGUGGACAGGGCCGUAUCAGUCAAGGCUCCGCUGUGGACAGUUGCUUCACAGUGACGGAUGGACGCAUGGCACACACCCAUCUGUCAAGCCAGGUGGCCCGUGUGUGCCCUCUCCGCACCUGGGAGGAAGGGACCACCUCCUCUUCUCCUACAGAGAGGAGGUCUAAAGACAGCCGUAAGGAGACCACCUCCAUCAGUCUGAGCUCAGAGAAGGAGCUCGCUGUGCACAGCAACAAGAAACCAUAAGAAACAGUAUUGGGGUAUAAUUACAUUUAUUAGUGGCUUCAAACCAUUUCCACAUGGGCACAAUUUGAUUUCAAAUGAGUGUGUGCCUUUAAACAGAAUCUUAAUACAUAACUGAAUACACUGUAACUGUAAUCAAAUGUGUUAGUUAUGCUAUGGACGUACUGUAAGGUUAAUAUAUGUUGUACAAAAACAACGACAGCAACAACAAAGCCUAGCAGAUAGUUAGUCCUGGCAGUUUCCUGGAUACUGUCUUGUCAGGAACUAUGGAGAUGCAUGCCAACGUUGAUUGACUAUUUACAAUUCCUUUUAGUUGAGGGUUAUGUUUAAACUUUGUAUGGGAAAAUAGUUCAAAGUCUACUAUUAGUUACAUGCUACUGUGCGCUGUCAUACUGGUUAUUUAAACAGACUGGAAGCAAGGUCUGUUUUUAAAAACAACCAUAAAAGAUUAUAAAAUUCUUGACAUUCCAAAAAGCCUUUGAGGUGAAUAUGUGGAUAAGUUUAAAGGUAUUGAGCUUUCAAUUAAAUACAGAAUAAAAAAUGUAAUUUAAAAGAGGAAUAAUAGUGAGUAAACUGAUGGGAAAAAUACAUUUGAGACAUUAUAUAGUAUAAAUGAAUGUUAUUUUAUACAUCCAUAUAAGAGGAAAUGUGUUGCUAUAAAACUUUACACUUCAAAGACAGAAAGCAUUCUGUAUGUUGUUUUGAAACUUAAGUAAUUUCCACAAUUUAGAAUACAUGUGGAGAGAUUUUUUAAAUAUCAACUUAUAUCAACUAAAUCAUUGUCAGUGGAAUCAAAGUUCUCUGGAAGUAAAGGUGUUUUAAAUGUGAAAGUAAUUACAAGCAAACUGCACUAUUGUACACAAAUACAAUAGUCUGGUUACCAUGUUUCAGGAAUUGAAGAAAAAUAAGUUUUAUUUAUUGUUUAUGCAUCAAUAUGAUCCUUAAGCGAUGAAUAUUAUUAUCAUAAAGGGUUUGGUGAGUUAUUCAGAACUGCUGCUGUUUUAAAUCUAAGCAGGAAGGUCGGUGAUGUGUUGAGAGAGAAUUGUAAAUAUUAAUGCAUUUCAGUUGUAUGUAUUGUAAUUUGUGUCUGAAUUACAUAAGGUGUAACUAAACUAAUGGUGCUCCACAAAAACCAACUUGAGACAAUUUAACAAAGCUGUUUGCUCAGCACUAGGCUAUCUCAUAAUAGACCUUUUUCACAGACUGUGAUGAUGCGAUUCCGCCUUAUUUAGCAGCUUAAAUCUCACAAAAUGUUUAUAUAUUAUACAUUUUUAAAUAUUCAGUGUAAAUGUAUAACAUUAUGCUUAUUGUUAUAUUACCCUGGAAUUAGUUUAAAAAAAUGAAUUACCACAGCUGUGAGGGGGUUUUGAUUACAGCUGCUGAGAGAAUGACAAUAAAUUUGGCAUCUUCUCCCAUCUGACUUGCUUAAUCCACCGCUCUCUAUUUUUAUAACAAUUUUUCCUUCAGGAAAGUCAUUCGAAUUAAUUAAUGGUUUUUUUUUUUAUUUUGUUCUUGGAGCAAAUGGCUAAGUGAAAAUAAUAUUUGCUGUGGUCUCCCAUUCACUCCCAUUCACCGCUGUUGAAAUUUACUCUGCAAAUGUUUACUUCCACGUUCCAAAACCCGGAGUGUGAAAAAGGUCUAUUUGUCAUUGUAUUUCUCUUGGAAUUUCAAAAUGACAUAUUUAACAGAUAUUAGAUUUAAAGGGAUAGUUCACCCAAAAAUGAAAAUUCUCUCAUCAUUUACUCACCCUCAUGCC